CCACCAGAGGGCGUGCGGUGAGAGGGUUGAAAAGUGUAGAAGGCGCAGGCGCAGCUUAGAAAACAUAACCUCUCGACAUCGUGCUUCAACUCAACGCAAAUACUUCUUCUCCCGUUAAUUUUUGAAUUUGUCCAUUUGAAAUGAAGUCUAUCAAUCCAACGCUGACAACGAUUGAACUUUCGGAAUUGAAACAGUAUUUUGGGGAUUCUAGUGACAAGGCGGGCAAGUCUGUGUGUGUUUAUUCGGAAACCAGAGAAGACCUUUCAGAGACUUUUGCAAAGCAUGACAGGAUUGAACAAAUUGAGGGUGGGUCACUUGUGACCUUUUCCUCUUCGAAACGGGCAAGGAAAGCUGUAUCAACCCAUCAUGGAAAAAACGGAAAGAUUGUCUGUCUGGGAUUUACUCCACCUUUAAUAGCCCUGGGGCACAAUCCUGACAUCUUUGUUAUAAGAAAUUUGGUAGAAGAAAUAACUAUCCCUCAGCUUUGGGCAUUCCUCGAUGGGGACAAAAAUCUUGUCUCUCAUAUUAGUAUAUUGCCAACACCUAACCGUGACGUUGUUAUUUUAUGCAAGGAUAAAGAAGGGCAGAAGCAACUUCUGAGCAAAAGUGGAACCAAACUUAGAAAGUGGACCAUACAAAUUGAACUGUGGUGGGAAUUUUGUGCCCGUUUGAUGACAGGGAAGGAGCUAUUUGUAGAGAAUUUACCUGAAGGUACCACUGUGGAUUCUUUGAAGACGCUUCUUGGGGUGGGUGAUGAUGAUCUUGAGUUUGUUCAGUUUGAUGAGGUCCAUCAAGUGAGCCUUAUAGUUUGCAAGACUCGAUUGAUAAAGCAACAAAUUUCUAGUAGUGGUUUGGAAGAGCUCAAGUUUAGUCUUUUACCAAAAUUACCUUCUGAUAAUCAGGUCUUUAUAAACAACUUGCAUGAAACUUCUACUGAAUCAGAUGUUCAAAAAUUAAUGAGUGGUUGUGGCAAUAUUAUGAAAGUUAUAUGUUGGCUAGACAACAAAACUGGCCGCAAAAAGGCCAGGGUUAUUUUUGAGGACGCAGAAAGUACUGAAAACGCCUUGAAGCUUGGUGGGACAGAACUGAAAGAUCUGCCUGUGUCAGUGUGCCGACUAGCAGGAUCCCAAAUCCCCAAAACCCCAACAGUGAAAACCUCAACCCCAACUACCCAAAUCCAAAAGGAGGUCUAUAUCAUUGCCACCUCCUGCCAGCUAAGGAAAGUUAAGCCAAUCGACCUGUGCUUGAUGUUCCAAGAGUGUGGCUACAUUGAAGAUGUUAAGAUGCCUCCAAUGAUUCAAUUCGAGAAGUCCACACCAGCUGUCAUCAGAUUCAGGGACGCGGAGGCAGUCGAGAAGGCCCUCUCCAUGCGCUCUUCUGUGCGCGGUCUUCGCCUCGUCGUCACCCGACAAAAGCCGAGACACUUCCAACCCCCUGGCGCCAGGCACGUUCGCUGGAAGAACUCUCGCGGCAAGCGCCAUGGCGGCAAGCGAGAGUACGAGGACGAGGAGUCAAACCCCGCCAAGAAGCAGAGAGUAUUCGCUGACUCGAAUGAAGACUGAUACGGAAAAAUAAAGACUAUUCGUUUAUGCGACCA